UCAAUUUCAUUUCGUUUUCUCGCAUCGGAGCUACAGUCGACCGCUAUGCAAUCUACAAGGGUGUGAAUGGUCACUAUAGGAAGGUGACAGUGUGGGGCAGAAAGGACAGCAUCGUCUACCGUCACUCGCCUUGCAGCUGGCGGUGGACCACAAUGCAACAAGUUUUGGAAUAUGCAUUGGAUCGAGCCGAGUACAUUGUUGAAAGUGCUCGACAACGACCAGCCAAAAGAAGAAUUUCAUCUGGCGGGAGGAAGAGUUUGUAUCAGAAGCUCUAUGAGCUGUACAUAGAGGAAUGUGAGAAAGAGCCAGAGUUAAAGAAUUUGAGGAGAAAUGUGAAUCUACUGGAGAAGCUGGUGUCUCAGGAGUCUGUAUCAUGUCUGGUGGUCAACCUGUACCCUGGGAAUGAAGGCUAUUCUCUAAUGCUCAGGGGCAAAAAUGGAUCUGAUUCUGAAACAAUCCGUCUGCCAUAUGAAGAGGGAGAGCUGCUGGAGUACCUAGAUGCAGAGGAGUUGCCUCCUAUUCUGGUGGAUCUGUUGGAGAAAUCACAGGUGAACAUCUUCCACUGUGGCUGCGUAAUAGUAGAAGUGAGAGACUACAGGCAGUCUGGAAAUACCAAGAUGCCCACCUAUCAGAGCAGACACGUCCUGCUGCGUCCAACCAUGCAGACUCUGAUCUGUGAUGUCCACGCCAUGACGAGUGACCAUCACAAAUGGACACAGGAUGAUAAAUUACAGCUGGAGAGUCAGUUGAUUUUGGCCACAGCUGAACCUCUGUGCCUGGACCCUUCCAUCUCUGUCACCUGCACAGCCAACCGCCUGCUCUACAACAAACAGAAAAUGAACACUCGCUCCAUGAAACGGUGUUUCAAGAGGCACUCUCGAGCUGCACUGAACAGGCAGCAGGAACUGUCCCAUCUGCCCAUGCCACCGCAGCUUCGACUCUACGACUACCUACAGAGGAGGAAGGAGAGGAAACCUGCUCCCGUCAUAGACCUGAAGAUCUCCAAGAUCGGAAACUGUGUUGACAUGUGGAAGCAGAGCAACUGCCAACUAACUGUACCGAAGGAAAUUGAUGUGGAAAAGUACGCCGUGGUGGAGAAAUCCCUGCAAUUGGAGGACUCUCAGCCCACCACUGUGAUCUGGCCUGCUGAGGAAGUUGUAGACGACUACACUCUUGAGUGUGAGGUGGGGGGCCAAGCGCAGAGGACCAAGGUGUCUAUCUUCCAGUCGAUGGGCGAUCCACUGGUGUAUGGGAAGAUCUACUGUGCUAAAGAACCCAAAGCAGAGGAGGACAGCACAGACUUAAAGCUCAUACAUCCCCCCUUCCUCAUAGGCUCGAAGACAGACGCAGACCGGUUUCUUACUCAGUACAAAGGAGUGUAUGAGAGGGAUAUGAAGUGUGUCGUCAAGAUGACCCAUAACUCAGUCAACGUGGGACAGGGGCCUCCCUCCCCCAGCAAAGAUGAGGGUGAUGGUAUUUCUCCACUGGUCCAGACGUCUGUUUUGGGGAAAGGGGUUAAGCACAGACCCCCUCCCAUCAAACUGCCUUCAGGAUCAGGCAGCAGCUCCUCAGGUAAUCCAUAUAGUUCACAAACCACCAGUGGUCUACUCAAGUGUCCUACGCCCCCUCCAGCCAAAAGCCAGUCUCUGAACAGGAAGCACUCCAUGGAGCUGGGCCAGGUGGGCCUGCUGUCGCCCGCCUCCCUCUCCCCUAUGGGCUCCACACAGAGAUCUGGAACCCCCAAGCCAUCCACCCCCACACCCACCAACACGCCGUGCUCCACCCCGCACCCCACCGACUCACUCGCUGCUCCUCUCUCGGUGACCCCUACCCCUUCAGAUCCUCCCAUGGUUCAGAGCCAGUCGCAGCCCGCCCUCCUCACGCCUUUCCCCCAGCAGCAACUGGCUCUAAGCCAGCCGCUGCCCGUCAUGACCAUUCCCCUGCCCACCAUGGGUACGUCCAUCACCACAGGAACCACGUCAUCGCAGGUCAUGGCCAACGCUGCAGGGCUGAAUUUCAUCAAUGUGGUCAGCUCAGUCUGCAGUCCUCAGACCUUGAUGAGUGGCUCCAACCCCAUGCUGGGUCCAGGCCUUAAUCUGAGUGGAAUCCUGCCACCUGGAGGGCUGAUGCCCACCAUGCAGUCCGCGGCACAGACUGGGAGUCAUUUUGGCCUGAACAGCAGUACUGGGUUGAGACCACUGAACCUACUGCAGCUCCCCACUGGUCCUCUCAUCUUUAACUCUCUGCAGCAGCAACAGCUGUCUCAGUUCUCCCCACAGCAGAGUCAGUCGGCCACCUCCAGUCCUCAACAGCAGGGCGAGACGGGUGAUCAGGGGUCAGAUCAGAGUUUAGGAAACCAGCAAACCGCGGUCAUCAACCUGGGAGUCGGAGGGUUCAUGUCUCCACAGGCAGCAGUGCUGUCCCAGUUGGGCUGUGGGCUGGACGGGUCUGGGCCCCCACUGCCUUCUCCAAGGCUUCAGCAGCAGCACCAGCCACAGAUCCAAUUGCAAUUCUUGCAGCACCAAAUGCAGCAGCAGCAAAUGGCUAUGGGAGCAGCAGCUCCUCAGGGGGGAGCACCACGGCAACAUACCGCCAGCCAACCAAGAAGUAAGAGGAAGAGGAGCACGCCACAGCCCCUCCCAAAGUCAUGACAGACUAAAAUCACACUAAACCCCACCCCACCCCCAGCUACACAAGGACGUGAAUGAUCCAUACUGUGCUCUUUGUCUGCCUCACUGUGGAGACUGCAGACAAAAAAAAAGACUUUUUUUUUUUUUGCCGUUUCUGUUUGUC